AUGGCCACUCUUCCUCUUAUGUUUCUUGUUGCCAAGUUACUUUUGUCCUUCUCUAAAAUUUCAGCUGAAACAGAUACCCUUACUCAGUUUCAAUCACUUCAUGAGAACAUGACCUUGGUUUCAAACGAUGGAACCUUUGAGUUGGGUUUCUUCAACCCAGGUAAUUCCACAAACCAAUACAUAGGAAUAUGGUACAAAAAUAUACCAAUUAGAACUAUCGUUUGGGUUGCCAACCGUGACAACCCAAUCAAAGACAAUUCCAGCAAGUUGAGCAUAAGCAUGGAGGGAAACCUUGUACUUCUCAACCACAACAACACAGUUAUUUGGUCAACAAACGCAACAACGAAAAGGGUCAACGUAGUAGCACAGCUAUUAAACCCAGGCAACUUGGUUCUAAGAGAUGAGAAAGACAACAAUCCUCAAAACUACUUGUGGCAAAGCUUUGAUUACCCUUCAGAUACACUUUUGCCUGGAAUGAAAGUGGGAUGGGACUUCAAAAAAGGCCUCAAUAGGCGUGUAACAGCUUGGAGAAACUGGAAUGACCCUUCUCUAGGGGACUUUAAAUGGGGUAUUAUACCUACAAAUAACCCUGAAGCGGUUAUGUGGAAGGGCUCAAAAGAGUUCUAUAGAAGUGGCCCUUCAGAUGGCAUUAAAUUCAGUGGUAGUCCAUUUUUGGCAUAUAAUUCAGUAGUCAACUACACAUUUGUGUCCAAUAACGAUGAAUUCUAUUUUACUUAUAGCAUCGGUGAUAAGUCAGUGAUUUCAAGAAUUGUGAUGAAUCAAACGGUUUAUACACGCCAACGCUUGACGUGGAAUCGUGAUAGCCAAACAUGGAUAAUGUCUUCAGUAUUGCCUGGUGAUUAUUGUGACAACUAUAAUCUUUGUGGGUCAUUUGGGAUCUGUGUAAUUAAUGAGUCUCCAGUGUGCAAAUGUUUGGAUGGGUUCAAGCCAAAAUCGCCACAAAAUUGGACCCAAAUGAAUUGGAAUGAAGGAUGUGUCCACAAUGGAACAUGGAGUUGCAGGGAAAAGAACAAGGAUGGUUUUCAAAAAUUUAGUAACGUGAAGGCACCAGACACUAAGAGAUCAUGGGUCAAUUCAAGUUUGACUCUUGAUGAAUGCAAGAACAAGUGUUGGGAAAAUUGUUCUUGUAUGGCUUAUGCAAAUUCAGACAUCAGGGGAGAAGGUAGUGGCUGUGCCAUUUGGUUCGAUGAUCUAUUAGAUUUAAGAGUGAUUCAAAAUGGUGGACAAGAUAUUUAUGUUAGAUUGGCGAUGUCCGAAAUAGGUGGUUCAAAGAAAAAUGUGGCUGUGAUCACAAGUGCUGUGUUUUCUGUUAUUGCGAUAUUUUUAAUUUUCAUAUUCAUUCAUUGGAGGAGCAACACAAAAAUCAAAGAGAUCAUCACAAGGAUAAGAGUAAAGAACAAUGAAAGCAAGCAAGAAGACUUGGAACUACCAUUAUUUGACCUUGCCUUAAUGGCACAUGCUACAGAUCACUUCUCAAAUCAAAACAAGCUUGGUGAAGGGGGUUUUGGACCUGUAUACAGGGGAACACUACCAGAUGGACAAGAGAUUGCGGUUAAGAGGCUUUCACAAACAUCUAUACAAGGAUUAAAAGAAUUUAAGAAUGAAGUUAUGCUAUGUGCUAAACUACAACAUCGAAAUCUUGUUAAAGUUCUUGGCUGCUGCAUUCAAGAUAAUGAGAAAUUACUUGUAUACGAAUUUAUGGCCAACAAAAGCCUUGAUUUUUUUCUCUUUGAUUCUGAUCGCAGUAAACUUCUAGAUUGGCCAAAGCGCUUUUGCAUUAUAAAUGGAAUUGCCCGUGGACUACUCUAUCUUCAUCAAGACUCAAGACUAAGGAUCAUACACAGAGAUCUUAAGGCAAGUAAUGUCUUAUUAGAUUAUGAGAUGAAUCCAAAAAUUUCAGAUUUUGGCCUAGCUCGAAUGUGCCGAGGUGAUCAAAUUGAAGGGAAUACAAGCAAAGUAGUUGGUACAUUCGGUUAUAUGGCGCCAGAAUAUGCUUUUGACGGAAUAUUCUCUAUCAAAUCCGAUGUAUUUAGUUUUGGCAUAUUAUUGCUAGAGAUUAUAAGUGGCAAGAAAAAUUCUAGACUCUUCUAUCUAAGUGACUACAAUAAUCUUACAGGGCAAGCAUGGAAGUCAUGGAAAGAGGGUGUUCCAAUGCAGUUCAUUGAUGCUAGUUUGGAGGACUCUUGUAUUCUCUCUGAAGUCUUGCGAUGCAUUCAUAUUGGUCUUUUAUGUGUGCAGCAUCAUCCAAAAGAUAGGCCAAACAUGAGCACUGUAGUGGUAUUAUUGAGCAACGAGGGUGCAUUGCCUGUACCUAAGGAUCCGUGUUACUUAACAGAAGAAAUCUCAACUAAAGGAGACUGUGAUUUUGAGAACCUAUCACCCUAUUCAGUUAACGAUGUCACUAUCUCAAAUUUGAGUGAGAGAUAG